AGAUGGAUCCUAGUUGAUGGGUGACAUACCAAUACCACUUUCAAGUAAGACAUAAAUACAUACAAUAAGCAAAAGCUUGAAUCAAUAAUCAAUGGGGUAUUUGAUGUUGUUGGUUGUUAGAAUGGUGGUGUGUGUGUAUAUGUUUAUGAUGUUCCAUUUUGCAUGUUUGUCUUCGCAUCUAUGUCAUUCCCAAGAGAGCUCUGCCUUGCUUCACUUUAAGACUCAAUUCAUUUUUAACACUUCAUUUUCUGAAUAUUAUUAUGGGGAUGUGUGCCCCCAUGUUUAUCCAAAGAUGAGGACGUGGGAAAAUGGGACAGAUUGCUGCUCAUGGAUGGGUGUCACGUGCCACUCUGUGUCUGGUCACGUGAUUGGCCUCGAUCUCAGUUGUGGUGUACUUGUAGGUAAUAUCAAUCCAAAUAGCACUCUUUUUCAUCUUACUCAUCUCCAAACACUCAACCUUGCUAUCAAUUUUUUCAAUCAUUCUCCAUUGUCAUCUCAAUUUAGUAGAUUUGUGAGUCUUACACACUUGAAUUUAUCUCAUUGUCAAUUCAAUGGUGAAAUUCCACCCCAAAUCUCACACCUUUCCAAAUUACAAUCACUUGAUCUCUCUUGGAAUGAUGAUUUGAUGUGGAAAGAAACAAGUUGGAAAAGAAUGUUGCAAAAUGCAACAGCUUUGCGUGAGAUUGUAUUGGAUGAUACAGAUAUGUCUUCCAUUAGCUUAACACCAAACCCUUUGUCCAAUUGGUCUUUCUCUUUUUCUUUGGUUACUCUUAGUCUUCUUGGUACUGAAAUAAGGGGAUACUUGACUAGUCACAUUCUCUGUUUACCCAAUCUUUAUGAGCUCAAGUUAUAUGGAAGUGAAAUCAUUCAAGUCCAUGUUCCAAAGUUGAAUUGCAGUACUUCUCUUAGUUUUUUGGAUCUUUCAUCGUGUCAAUUUCCAGGAUCACAAAUCCCUGAUUCCUUUUCUAACCUCACACAGCUAACUUUUUUGGACUUGUCUGGAAAUGGAUUCAAUGGUUCAAUCCCAUCAUUGCUCUCAAACCUUCAACAUCUCACUCACUUGGACCUUUCAGUCAAUGCAUUCACUGGUUCGUUCCCAUCAUUUCUUUCAAACCUUCAUCAUCUUGUUUACUUGGGUCUUUCAAGGAAUACGCUUAGUGGUCAAAUUCCAAAUGUGUUUGAUAGGCUAACCAAUUUGCAAUCCCUUCGCCUUUCGUAUAAUAAUUUCCAAAGAAAGUUGCCAUCCUCAUUAUUUGCCUUAACUCAACUCUCUUCCUUGCAUUGUUCUUAUAAUGAAAUUGAGGGACCACUACCUGACAAAGUAGCAUUUUUAAAUCUCUCCGACUUAACCCUAACAGGCAACUUAUUAAAUGGGACAAUUCCUGAGUGGGCCUUAUCCCUCAAGUCUUUGAGAUACUUAGAUCUAUCAAAUAACAGAUUCAGAGGGCACAUAACUGAAAUCACAUCCUAUUCCUUGGAGUAUUUAGACUUGUGCAACAAUGAGCUCCAAGGAAACUUUCCAGAAUCAAUUUUCCAUCUUUUCAACCUUACUGUUUUGUUCUUGUCUUCAGACAACUGGAGCGGUAUUGUCCACUUCCCACUCUUCUCAAAGCUUCAAAACUUGGAGUAUCUUUAUAUUUCAGGUUGUAGUUCUUUAUUGCUAAAAUCUGAAACUAGUGUUAGUUACACUUUCUCCAAUUUGAGGGAACUGCGGUUGCUUUCUAGCAAUAUUACUGGUUGGUCAGAAUUCUCAGGAAAAUUUCCAAAUUUAGAUUAUCUUGAAUUGUACAACAAUAGUCUUCAGGAAAAAGUGCCCGAAUGGAUACAUGGUAUGGAUUCAUUAAGAUAUUUGAGUCUCUCACACAACAAUGUUACAUCGAUGGACCAUUUCCCAUGGUAUCGACUUGAGCACCUUGAUCUUAGUUUCAACUCAAUGGCUGAUGACAUUUCUUCCUUCUUUUGUAAUGCAACCUUUCUGGAAGGUAUCAACUUGUCCCACAACAAAUUCACAGGAAUAUUUCCACAGUGCCUUGUCAAUGGCUCAUCCAUUAAAGAUUUGGAUCUACAAAUGAACAAACUUCAUGGAAUUUUGCCAGAUACCUUUCAGCAUCUUAUUACCCUGAAUCUCAAUGGCAACCAGUUCGAAGGUCUAUUACCGAAAUCAUUAUUCAAAUGCUCAAGACUUGUGGAUUUGAAUCUCGGUAAUAAUCAAUUUGAGGAUACAUUUCCCAAUUGGCUUCAGAAUCUAUCAAAGUUGGAAAUACUGGUCUUACGAGGCAAUAAGUUGUACGGUCAGAUUGCAAAUUUGGAAACUGAAAAUAUAUUUCCAAGUUUGAUUAUUUUUGACAUAUCAUGCAAUAAUUUUAGCGGUUCAUUACCAAAAGCAUACAUACGAAAUUUUCGAGCCAUGAAGAUUGUUCAUGAUGUGCAAAGCCGUUUGUCUUAUAUUGAAAGAGAUUGGUUUAAUAGUUACGACACAAUAGAAUAUGACAGUUCUAUGGUUGCAACAAUUAAAAGUGUCAGUCUUACUUUUACAAAAAUUCCAAAUGGCUUUGCAAUUAUCGAUUUGUCAGAAAACAACUUUGAAGGAGAGAUUCCAGAUGUGUUUGGAAAGCUUCAAGCACUCAAAAGCCUCAACCUUUCACAUAACAACCUCAUUGGUCAUAUUCCACACUCUUUGGGAAAUUUGACAAAUCUUGAAUCAUUGGACCUAUUUUCAAAUGAUUCUUAUGAGGGAAACAUGGGGCUAUGCGGAUUACCAUUGUCAAUUCAAUGCAAUAAUGUCCCUUUGCAACAAUAUCCAUCUUCUGAGGCUGAAGACAAAUUUGGAUUCGGUUGGAAACCAGUGGCAAUAGGAUAUGCAUGUGGAAUGGUACUUGGAAUAGGAUUGGGAUUUUGUGUUUUCUCAAUUAGAAAGCCUCAAUGGCUUGUGGUCUUCUUUGGAGAUAAAAGAACCAAAAGAAGGAGCCGGGGAAACCGCCGGCGUGCAAGAACAACUCUGUUUCAGCUUUUGGUUGUAAUGUAAAUGUGUAAUAAGUUUAUGUCUUGUGCUGUUGUGUUUUUUUAUGUUUUGUUUGAUUUAGUGUCGUACUUUUAUUUUACUUUAUGGAUGUUUACAAGU